AUGACAUUUGGUCCCAUCGUGUUCAAGUCCGUGGGCCUGGCCGACCUCCGACUCGCCACGACUUUGGUGUACUUUGGUCGGUUCCACGACAUGUACUUGGCUGGCAAGUUUGGCGAUCGCUUCAGCCGCCGCGCACUGCUUCUAUGGGGCACCACGUGCAUGAUACUGACGUCGGUGGGGUUUACCUUGUGCCAAAUGUACCCGAACGACACGACGAACUGGAUUCAAAUCGGGUGCAUGAUCUUGUUUGUGGCGGCCUUUUGUGCAUCGAUCGGGUCGUUGGGGUGGCUCGUCCCGACAGAGCUUGUGCCGGAAUCGCUCGGGGCGACGAGUGGGGCCAUCGCGACCUUCACCACCUGGACGGCGCAGUUCUUCAUCGGUGUGUACUUCCAGCAGAUCUCAAGCCCCGAGCACUGGGGCACGCAAGCGUUCGGCAUGUUUCCGGCGGUCCUCGUCGUGUUUGCCGCGUUUGUGUGGAGCAGUGUGCUGGACUCGCGCAACAAAACGUCGGAAGAAGUCACUGCGAUGUUCGCAUGGAGCCAAGGCUCCUCGGCAAAGGCCAACGGCGCGUUUGUCUACUGGACGUCCGACAAAGAGAACUGCAUUCUCAGCAGCCCGUGACCUCGAUGAACGAUUCUCUGUAUGUCUACGUUGUGAAGACUUUAACUUUCGCCCUGUUGCAUUGAGAG